AUGAUAAUUAAUUCAGGUUUAAAAGAUACCGGAAUUUUACAAUUGUCCUCAUUUCAAACUCAUAGUUUGCAAUCUCUUCUGCCUGGCUCUGGUCAACCCCGGUUUGGUGCUACUUCUGACUGGGAUGUUCUGGCAAGAACCAGUGAGCUUCACCACAGUCUUCUCCCGAUCGCUGAUAGAUCCAGCUCUGCUGCCAGGGCCGAUGAAGGCUCACGCUACUCCGGCCUUCCGGACUCUUUGGUCUAUCAGCAUUGCCAGUUAAAUAGCCCUCCUCCUCUUGACCACGCAGACAGAUCAGAUGAAGCCACCGGAUCAGCUUGCUGUUGCCUUGACGCUAUGCAAUUAGCCUGUAGAGACCAGCGCUUGCCGAUGGCCAGUGACCAAGCCGAGAUAGCUAAAGCCAUGCAGGUCGCUUGGUGUUAG